AUGGGCGGCUCUGUGUUCAAUGCCGAAGGCCUAGUUACUCCCCGAAUGCCCCCGAAUGUCUAUUACUCAGUACUCGACCACGCCGAGGCGCGCCUCAAGGCACACUUCAAACUCGUAGGCCAUGCGAUCGAAGCCCCAGCCAAGACUUCUCACGGAGAUAUCGACAUAAUGGUGGCAGAACCUGUGGAUCGAAGUCUGACUGCUGCCGGUAGUAGGACUGGACCUCUCCUGGCCAAAUCACUCGGGGCUGACAAGCGGAAGAAAAUGGGUGGGGCUUCGACGUAUCAUCUUGCGCUGAGGUGGCCCAAGGAAUUUGAAGAUCAACUGAUAUCCGUGGGCGAGGUGGGGAAAUGCCCCAAUGACGACGAAACUGGUUUGGCAGAAGUCGACGACGCGUUGUCCGAGGAGAGAGAACAAAAAAAGACCGGGCUGCAAGCUGAUGCUUCUUCGACUUCGACUGCUGGCUACCUCUCGUCAGCGUCGCCCAUCAGGAUCCAGAACCAUAUCCAGGUUGACAUCUCAAUCAUGCCCACCCCCGCCUUUUUCCACUGGAACAUCUUUUUCCAAGCGCACGGUGAUCUCUGGCAGAUGCUUGGGGGGAUCCUCCGCCGUCUCGGCAUUACCCCGACCUCGAGAGGACUAUUUUUGCGCAUAGCAGAAGUGGAAAUGCACAACAAGGAGCAGUCCAGAGUUCUGAUGAGCAAUGAUCCCAACGCUGUCCUCGACUAUAUGGGAUUGGACCGAGAGCGGUAUUGGCGGAUGUUUGAGACUUGGGAGGAAAUGAUGGACUACGUGGCGAGUUGCAGAUUUCACGACCCUGGUCACUGGAAGCAUCCAACCAAGCAUGACGCAGCGGCAGAAGAGGAUGAAGAAGUCAAAGAAGGAAUGGACCAACGAUCUGACCGUCUGAAAUCAAAUGACCGUCGGCGCGCCACCAAGCGACCACUUUUCAUGUACUGGAUCAAAACAUACCUCCCUACCCACGUCGAUGAGGCACCGGGCAAGUCGGCACUCCUGACAAGGGACCAGGUCGUUGAAGAUGCAAAGGAGUUUUUCGGCGACGAAUUCGCAAACAGGUUUGAGGCGAGAAAGACCAAAGUGGUCCGCCAAAUCAAGGUGGACAAGCUGUGGGCUGAUAUAAGGAGAGGCCUGCCACUACAAGGUACAGAGAUUGGGGAUGUCAUGAAAGGAAUGAAAAGAGAGAUUGUGGGGAAUCGCGAAGCGCAACCAGUGGAGCUGGAGAAGCUGGAAGGAUUGGAAGAGAUCAGAGUGGCAUACGAGGCGGACAGGUUUGACGAGGUCCUAAAGUGGGCGAUGCUCAACUGGAAUGAGGUUGGACAGAGACAGAAGAGGCUGAAUCGAGAGAAGAAUCGGGUUCCUGUCUUGGAGAAAGGUUCAUCAUGA